AGUACAGUGCGCUGAUUAUGGAGAGGGGGCAGGUCUGACCCUGUUUUAUGCAGUCUGUGGUCUGACCACAUUUUAAUUGUCAUUCAUAUUAUAUAGCGAUUGCCUUUCUCAUAGUCUGAAGCCACUUUAUUUUGUUUUUGUAACGCGUUCGGACGUAAUGGCGACUUGUGACGACGUGCGGGAAAAUGUGAAGAAGUACUAUGGCAGCCGACUGGAGACUUCUGGUGAUUUGCAAACAAGUGCUGCCUCCUGCAGUUUGUCUUGCCGCCCACUGCCAAGAAGUGUCACAGAUGCACUGAGCCUGGUUCACCCGGAGGUAACCAAAAGAUUUUACGGCUGUGGCCUUCCCUUUCCUGCGAAGCUUGAGGGAUGCAGAGUCCUGGACCUCGGCAGUGGCUCUGGCAGAGACUGUUUCGCCUUCAGUAAACUCGUUGGGCCGAGCGGACAUGUGACAGGGCUCGAUAUGACGGAGGAGCUGAUCACAGCGUCUCGUCAGUACAUUGAGUAUCAUCAGAAGACGUUUGGCUAUGAGAAGCCCAAUGUCACUUUUGUCCAGGGGUACAUGGAGAAGCUCAGUGAAGCUGGUUUACAGAGUGACUCAGUGGAUGUCGUGCUAUCCAACUGUGUACUCUGUUUGUGUCCUGAUAAAAGAGCAGUGCUGCAGCAAGCUUACAAUGUCCUAAAGGAGGGAGGCGAACUGUACUUUAGUGACAUGUACGCCAGCAAAGUCGUCCCUGAUCACAUGAAGGAAGAUACAGUCCUGUGGGGUGAGGGUAUGGGUGGAUCUCUGUUUUGGCAGGAUCUCAUUUCAUUGGCACACAGCGUAGGUUUCAGCACUCCGCACCUUGUUUCAGCCAGCCUCAUUGCAAUCUACAACAGUGAGCUCAAAGCGAAAGCAGGUGACAUCGGCUAUGCUUCGGGCACUUACCGGCUCUUUAAGCUGCCCAAAAGCCCAGUCACGUCUGAAGCAACAGUGACCUACAAAGGAACUGUGGCAGACUUCCCAGAUCAGCUGGAGUUUGAUUCAACCCACUGUUUCAAGAAAGAUGUGGCCGUGGAGGUGAAUGGAGAGAUGUCAGCAAUCCUCCAGAGAUCCCGUUUUGUUACGGAUUUCAAAAUCCAGAUAUCGGAUCAGCCAGAGUCCGGCUCGGAGUCAACACCACAGUACUGCCACCUCAGCCCAUUUCUGCUGGCUGACAAACUGGGAUCCUCCGUGACAAAAUGCUCCAAAACAAGCAAAUAAAAUAUGUACAGUAGUUGAAUCCUGAAGAAAUUAUUCUGAAGACUGAAGAACUGCUGAAAUAAGAUUGUAACACGUUGUUAGAGUAUGAUUAGUUGAUUUUUAAAGUCCAUAACAUUAGAGACGAAUCAUUUAAUUUGCUCAUCGUGUGGUUUAGGGUUAGUUGUUUGACAAGAUGAAUGCUGUCACAGUAAUAAAAUAAGUGUCCAGAUGCUGAAAUACCUUAUUUUGUAGUGAUUGUUUUAGCUUUCUACGCUUCAACCUACUUAAGUAACGUCCUUGUAAAUGUACAAGAAAAAAGAAACUGUGUAAAAAUGACAAUAAAAGCAUCUUGCCAGUG